AUGAGGGUGGCAGUGGGCAUGCUUUGGCUCCUGGCCCUCUGGGGGCACCCCCAAGCCCAGGGCUCCUGCCCCUCUCAAUGCAGCUGCAGCCUCUACAUCCUGGGUGAUGGCAACAAGGCCAGGACGGUGGUGUGCAGCGACCCGGACAUGACCCUGCCCCCCGCGUCGGUCCCUCCGGACACCUCCAGACUGCGCCUGGAGCGCACGGCCAUUCGCAGGGUGCCCGGGGAGGCCUUCAGGCCGCUGGGCCGCCUGGAGCAGCUGUGGCUGCCCUACAACGCGCUCAGCGAGCUCAGCGCCCUGAUGCUGCGGGGCCUGCGCCGCCUGCGCGAGCUGCGCCUGCCCGGGAACCGCCUGGCCGCCUUCCCCUGGGCGGCGCUCAAGGACGCCCCCCAGCUGCGGCUGCUGGACCUGCAAGCCAACCGGCUCUCCGCCGUGCCGCCCGAGGCCGCGCGCUUUCUGGGGAACCUCACCUUCCUCGACCUCUCCAACAACCAGCUGAUGAGGCUCCCGCAGGAGCUGCUGGCCACGUGGGCUCACCUGCAGACCGGGCCCUUCCUUCCCGGCCACCGCACCAGGCUGGUGUUAGGGCUGCAGGACAACCCCUGGGCCUGCGACUGCCGCCUCUAUGACCUAGCCCUUUUCCUGGAAGGCUGGGCCCCACAUCUGGCCUUCAUAGAGGCCAGGCUGAAGUGCGCCAGCCCACGCAGCCUGGCCGGAGUGGCCUUCAGCCAGCUGGAACUGAGGAAGUGCCAGAGUCCUGAGCUCCGCCCAGGGGUGGCCAGCGUCAGGUCCCCGCUGGGCAGUGCGGUAUUGCUGCGUUGUGGGGCCACCGGCGUCCCUGGGCCAGAGAUGAGCUGGAGGAGAGCCAACGGGCACCCACUCAACGGCACAGUGCACCAGGAAGUCUCCAGCGAUGGCACGAGCUGGACGCUGCUGGGCCUGCCUGCUCUGUCCCCCCCUGACUCUGGAGACUACAUCUGCCAGGCCAAGAACUUCCUGGGAGUCUCUGAGACUGUCAUCUCCCUGGCCAUCACUGAACCUCAGGCUUCCACGGAACGGAGUGGGAGCCCAGGGACACUGUGGGCAAGGGGCGAGGGGGCAGAAGCGGCCGCGUACAACAAGAUGGUGGCCAGGCAUGUCCCUGACAUCCCCGGACCUGCUGUCCCAGCCACCAGGUCCCCUGUGGCCAACAUGAAGGGGGAGCUGAGCCUCCAGCACUUCCAAAUGGGGAUCCCAGGAGGGCGCUCAAGUGGGCAGGCAGGACGCCAGGAGGCCCGAAUGGUGAGGUCUCUCAAGGUGGUGGGAGACACUUACCAGAGCGUGACCUUGGUGUGGAAGGCCCCCCAGGCUGGCAACACGACCACCUUCAGUGUCCUCUACGCGGUCUUUGGGCAGCGCAGCAUGCGGCGGGUGGUUGUGCACCCUGGGAAGACCAGCGUCACCAUCCGUGGCCUGGCUCCCAAGACCAAGUACGUGGCGUGUGUCUGUGUGCGGGACCUGGUGCCCCAGAAGGAGCAGUGUGUCAUUUUCUCCACGGACGAGGUGGUAGACGCCGAGGCCACCCAGCGGCUCAUCAACGUGGUGGUGAUCAGUGUGGCUGUUGUCAUCUCCCUGCCCCUCACCCUGCUCGUGUGCUGCGGGGCUCUGCAGCGGCGCUGUGCCAAGUGCCCCAUGGGGGGCUCUGCCGAGGCCGCGGGCGCCUACGUCAACCUGGAGAGGCUGGGUCACAGCGAGGACGGCUCCGAGGAGCUGUCCCAGCACAGCCUCAGUGAGGCCGACAGGCUCCUCUCGGCCCGGUCCAGCACGGACUCUCAGGUCCUGGGCGCCAGGGGGGGCCGGCGGAUCAAUGAGUACUUCUGCUGAGGGGGCGUUCCCUCCAGAUGCUCACACACUUGCUGCCGUCCCCUCUCCCUCUGCUCCUCCCACCUGCUUACCCGGACACCCGAGUCCACACUCACCCACUCUUGCCGGCUCGGGUACCUGAUUCCUCAUACAUUUACACGCAGUGACGACUGCUAACUUACUAAGCACUUACGGUGUGCCAGGAAGUGUUCUAAGUGCUUUAUGUACAUUAGCUUAAUCCAUUCUCAUCACAGCCCUUUGCAGCAGGCCCUACGUGUUCUCCCCAUUUUCCUGGAGAAGAAACGGGGGGAUUAACCAACUUGCCUGUAUCUGUCAGUUUUUUCUGUGUAACAAAUAACAGCAAGAUCUCAGUGGUAUACAGCAACAAGCCCUUAUUUUCACACAAUGACAGGUCUGCAGGUUGACCGGGGUGGCUCUGCUCCAUGAGUUCUAUUUGGGGCCCAGGAUGGAGGAUCACUGGUUACUUGGGGCAGACUUCUUUCUUGGAGGGGUCAGAUGAUAUCAGAGGAAUGAGCAAAAAUAAGCAACGUCUCUUAAGUUCUCAGCUUUAGAACUGGCACCCUGCCAUUGCUGCCCCUAUCCUAUCUGCCAAAGCAAGUCCCAUGGCCAAAGCCAACUUUCACAGAGCAGACAAGGACAGCUCUCCCAGGGAGGUGAUGGUGGGGCAGGAAAUAGUGUGCCGAGCACUGGUCUGAUCCUACUACAUUGUCCACAGCCGCUCUGGAAUCUGGACCAGGAAUUGGUUCCAGAGUUGACAGUCCUUACCACUCCCCUCUCUGGCAUCUGGAUUACAUUUAUGCUAGCUUGUAGACACUCACAUACACAAUCUCUUUAUGUUUUAGCCACAUCUGUACAGUCAUAUACACGCAGAGACACACGCUGUGCCCUCACCGUAUACGCUUAGGGAUUCUAACAUUUUUUUUCUCUGGGUGCCAU